AUGUCACCCUCGGCAUGCCCCGUGAUACUGGAAGAGAUGAUCAAGUCCGAGCUCAACAUUAACGAAGGCAAAGGUGGGAACAAAGGCAGCACCGAUAUCUCCCGCCAUGCUCUUCCUGGAGUUGCUGGUAAAAGGGAGAACCCAAAGCUCACCAUACCACCGGUAUCUAUCAACGAGAAACUCUUCACGCUUGCACGUAAGAAAGGGUACGACUUUGCGGAGAAAUAUGGAACACGCACGAUCAAAUGCGGCGAGUUCUCGCGGCUGCUCAUAUACUCUCGACCCCGGGAGGCCAGACUAUCCACAUAUCUUCAGCCGCCGACAUGUCCGUCCUCGUCCGACCCGCAACGUCGAGCCAGGGCCCAGCAGCGACAAGGCUCCUUCUUGAUCUACCUACUGACAGUUGUCCUUUUCAUUCCACCCAAGUUCUUCCAUUUCAUCUCAGAGGACGCCAUUUUAUCUAUACCUAUCUCAACGUCGCGACUUCAACUUCAGCUUCAACUUCAACUUCUUUUUGGCUUCUUCUUCAGCUUGUCUCAUGGGGUGUAUCAUGGCCGUGCAGGGCAUAUCCCUGGCCUGGCUGGCUGGCGGAAGAGAGAAGAACGGUCGCUAAACGAAGUGCGUUGGCCUGUUCAACCUGCUGGCUGCUUAGUCCGGAUCAACGGAGCAGCAGCAGGGAGGCUGAGAUGGAUGUACGACCAGCAAGGAAGAGCAGAACGCGUCUUGUCGACAUCUGAAGCAGAGCGAGGCGCAGGAGCAAACAUUAAUAAUAUAGCGGAUGGGGUUGGAAGCAGCACAGGAAUGGCAGAGGUGGUACAGCCAAACCUGAUGAGCAGACCAUCGUAA